AAAAAAACACUGUCCAGAUUAAUAUUAUCUAUAUCUUUUUCUUGGCAACCUUCAUUUUUAAAGAACAUUUUUAAAGAAUGACUUCCAUAAUGGUAAAUAGUAACCCGGAAAUAACUCAACAAGCAUAUGUCCUUCAACCAGUUGGAAAGUAUACCACUAGCUAUAAUCAGGGAACUUUGGCAAGUUUCCCCUUACAGCAAACAAUCGCCACUGAUCUGAGGGCAGAAGCUCUCGGUACUAAAGCUUGGAAAGAAAAUGGUGAAUAUAAAGUUCAAGUACCAUUUCAACUUUUUGCCAAGGAAAUAACUACUCAGGCUCCUAGGCAGCAUGUUAAGUGGGAAAGAAAUCAUUUAAAUUCCUCUUUUCAUACCACAAUGAUUGAUAAUAAUUUUAAUAAUCCGCCCAUUUAUGGCUUAAAUACUGUCUAUCUUCAAAAUACUAAUCAAGUUGGAAAUAAUUAUCUUCUUGAAAAUGGAAUUGAACCAAUUAUAGAAAUGAAUAUUAACCAAAAGCUCAGAGUUGAUUAUCCUAAUAAUAAUUCAAACUUGAAUGAACGAAACGUUCGAACAAUGGAAAUGAUAAAUUGGAGCACAAACAUACACGAGAGUAUGAAUAAGCUAAAAAAGAUUGAACUAUCUAACAAAUUACCUGAUAAAAAGUCUACAAAAAUUAACAUCAAACGAAAAUCUAGUAUCACUAGUGAUCAUUCCGAAUAUGACCUGACCGAUUAUUGGAAAUCUUCUCUCCCUAAAACAACUCCUGUUAAUCCUUCGGAAGAGGAGAGAAAGCAUAUUACGAUGCUUAUGGAAGGAGCUCCCUUAGACAGUAUACGUCAAACAAUAAACGUAGAAAGAGAGGAAGAAGAUAUAGUUGGUGAUGAAAAAAAUCGUCCCGUGCCUCUGUUAAACUUCGAUACGGUAUCGGAAAAAGUCGACUUGUGCUUACAAAAAGGAACGGCUAAACUCCAGGUGAAGGUACGGUGUGAGAGGGUGGUUCCAAUAGAUGGAAAAAACAAUCUCUAUAAAAAGUCUUCCAUUAUCGUAACUCGAGAGAUAGACAUUGAUCUAGAAGUUACAGGACGUCGCAGAAACCUACUCGAGAGAAUAAAACGAGCGUCUCAUACUGAUAAGGUCGGACGAGUUAAAUUAUCAACAACUGAUACAUUUAAACUCUAUCGCAUCUUCAUGGGUAUGGCUGAAGCUGGAGAAGAAUUGAAAAAUCAGAAAAUAGCUGUAGAAGAAGAGGUAGAUGAGAGAACUAAAAAGCCCAAAGGUUUAGACCACGACAUAGACUUAGAAUCUGUUUACAGUGAAGAUUAUGGAAGAUAUCAUAGAAAUGACGACACUUUGAGUUUUCAAUCUGCCAUUAGUUCUUCCAAAUAUAAAAAAGACAUUUUAUAUUAGCAAAAAGUAAAUUAUAACAAAAUAUAAAUUAUUUUCCUAUCAAUGAUAUUAUAGAUUUCUUUGCGUUAACAGUAGCUAUAAUCUGGAAACUGUGUCACUUCACACAUUAUUCUCAUUAGACGGUUUUAUUCUCAAUACAAAUUUGAAUACAUUUUGAAAAAAUCAUAAUUUGAAAUCAUAAAACAAAGAAUCGAAAUACAAACAUUUCUUUAUUUUAGUAGUAAAUCAAUUUCCUCAAUUUAGAAUACUCAAAAACAAAGACAUAAACUUUGAAAACUUAACAACAGUCUCCUGUCUCACAGCAAGUCUUGGCUUUGCAG